AUGGGCCAGAAAUGCCUUAUGUGCUCGCACCCCGCUUUUUCCGACCGGGUGCUGGUGGCGGACUAUCUCCUUCAGUCGGUGUCGGCGCCGGUGGUGGACUAUCUCCUCCUGUCGGUGUCGGCGCCGGUGGUGGACUAUCUCCUCCCGUUGGUAUCGGCGCCGGUGGCGGAGUACCUUCUCCUCCAGUCGGUGUCGGCGCCGGUGGCGGACUAUCUCCUCCAGUCGGUGUCGGCGCUGGUGGUGGACUAUCUCCUCCCGUUGGUAUCGGCGCCGGUGGCGGAGUACCUUCUCCUCCAGUCGGUGUCGGCGCUGGUGGUGGACUAUCUCCUCCCGUUGGUAUCGGCGCCGGUGGCGGAGUACCUUCUCCUCCAGUCGGUGUCGGCGCCGGUGGCGGACUACCUCCUCCUCCAGUCGGUGUCGGCGCCGGUGGUGGACUAUCUCCUCCCGUUGGUAUCGGCGCCGGUGGCGGAGUACCUUCUCCUCCAGUCGGUGUCGGCGCCGGUGGCGGACUACCUCCUCCUCCAGUCGGUGUCGGCGCCGGUGGUGGACUAUCUCCUCCCGUUGGUAUCGGCGCCGGUGGCGGAGUACCUUCUCCUCCAGUCGGUGUCGGCGCCGGUGGCGGACUACCUCCUCCUCCAGUCGGUGUCGGCGCCGGUGGUGGACUAUCUCCUCCCGUUGGUAUCGGCGCCGGUGGUGGACUAUCUCCUCCUGUUGGUAUCGGCGCCGGUGGUGGACUACCUCCUCCUCCAGUCGGUGUCGGCGCCGGUGGCGGACUAUCUCCUCCAGUCGGUGUCGGCGCUGGUGGUGGACUAUCUCCUCCAGUCGGUGGUGGUGGUGGUACUGGUGCACUUCCUCUAG